AUGGCGCUGCCCGCGCUGGUGGUCCUCUUGGCGGCCGCGGCGGCCGGAGCUGCCCGCGCCCCGUGGUGGGAGGCGAUGGCCGGUCUGCGGCCGGAGGCGGCGGCGGAGGCGAGGCAAGCAGGGGCGGUGCGGGAGCUGCUGGCGCGGCUGGCGGGCCCGCGAGCCGCCGCCGGCUUCUCGGUGUCGGUGAACCGCUCCCUGGCCGGCCCCGGGGGGCUCGACGCGUUCCGGCUGAGCUCCAGGACGCCCGGGGUGGUGGAGGUCGCCGGCUCCAGCGGAGUGGCCGCCGCCUCGGGGGUCUACCGGUACCUGAAGGACUUUUGCGGCUGCCACGUCUCCUGGUCCGCCACGCAGCUCCGGCUCCCGGAGAGGCUGCCUCCGGUACCCUCCGAGAUCCUCGUCAGCAGCCCCAACAGGUUCCGCUUCUACCAAAAUGUCUGCACUCAGAGCUACUCCUACGUCUGGUGGAGCUGGGAACGCUGGGAACGAGAGAUUGACUGGAUGGCACUCCAUGGCAUCAACAUGGCGCUGGCGUUCACUGGGCAGGAAGCAAUCUGGCAGCGGGUAUAUUUGUCUCUGGGACUGAACCAGUCAGAAAUCGAUGAGUAUUUCACUGGCCCGGCCUUCCUUGCUUGGAACCGCAUGGGGAACCUGCACACCUGGGCAGGGCCUCUGCCCCUCUCCUGGCACCUGAAGCAGCUCUAUUUGCAGUAUAGGAUCCUCGAGAGAAUGCGUUCUCUGGGAAUGUUGACAGUGCUGCCCGCCUUCUCUGGACAUAUCCCCAGUGGUGUUUUAAGGGUUUUUCCCCGGAUCAACGCGACACGUUUGGGGGGCUGGAGUCACUUUGACUGUACCUGCUCGUGCAGCUACCUCCUGUCGCCUGAAGACCCCAUGUUCCAGGUCAUCGGAACUCUCUUCCUCAAGGAGCUGAUCAAGGAGUUUGGAACGGACCACGUGUACAGCGCCGACACUUUCAACGAGAUGCGUCCGCUCUCGUCGGAACCCACCUACCUCUCCAAGGUCAGCGCAGCUGUUUUCCAGUCUAUGGCCGGAGCUGACCCCAGAGCCGUGUGGCUGAUGCAGGGCUGGCUUUUCCAACACCAGCCUGACUUUUGGCAGCCGGCCCAAGUCCGAGCACUCCUGCGGGGCGUUCCUCUCGGCCGGAUGGUGGUGUUGGACCUUUUUGCCGAAUCCAAGCCGGUCUAUCCUUGGACGGAAUCCUUCUACGGGCAGCCUUUUAUCUGGUGUAUGCUUCAGAACUUCGGUGGGAACCACGGUCUUUUUGGCAGCGCCGAGAGCAUCAACCAAGGCCCUUUUGCAGCCAGGCGGUUCCUCAACUCCACCAUGGUGGGCGUCGGCCUGACUCCCGAAGGCAUCGAGCAGAACGACGUGAUGUACGAGCUCAUGACGGAUCUGGGCUGGCGCAAGGAACCGGUGGAUCUUCAGCGGUGGGUGGCCGAGUACGCUGCGCAGCGCUACGGCGCCCGGAACGAAAAUGCCACGGCCGCCUGGCGGUUGCUGCUCCAGACGGUCUACAACUGUUCAGGGGUUUGCGUCAACCACAACCACAGCCCGCUCGUGCACCGCCCGUCCUUGCGGAUGGACACGGAGCUGUGGUACAACCAGAGCGCCGUCUACGAAGCCUGGCGGCUGUUGCAGGGUUCUGCCGGGGAGCUGGGCGCCAGCGGCGCCUUCCGUUACGACUUGGUGGAUGUGGCCCGCCAGGCCCUGCAGCAGCUGGUGAGCGAUUAUUACAGGGAGAUCAAGCAGGCGUUCCAGGACCACUCGCUGCCUCGCCUGCUGACGGCCGGCGGCGUGCUGGUCUACGACCUCCUUCCGGAGCUGGACAGCCUCCUGGCCAGCGACGAGCGGUUUUUGUUGGGGCGCUGGCUGGAGUCUGCCCGCCUGAUGGCCACCAGCGACAGAGAGGCGGAUCUGUACGACUUCAACGCGCGCAACCAGUUGACGCUCUGGGGACCGCUCGGCAACAUCCUGGACUACGCCAACAAGCAGCUGGGAGGGCUGGUGCUAGACUAUUAUGGGGUGCGCUGGAACCUCUUUGUUUCCACCCUGGUGGAUUGCCUCAACACUGGCACGCCCUUCCACCAGAACCAGUUCAUCCAAGCUGUUUUCCAGGUGGAAAGGGGGUUUAUUUACAGUGGGAAACAGUAUCCUGCCAAGCCCACCGGUAACACCCUGGAGAUAGCCCAGAAGAUAUUUAUCAAGUAUUACCCUUCUGCCAUGAAGCAUGGACAUUUGGGUGCUGCGUGA